CACAUUUUACUGUGUUCUGAUGACCUCCACAUUCUACUGUGCCCUGAUGAUCUCCACACUGUACUGUGCCCUGAUGAUCUCCAUUGUACUGUGCCCUGCUGACCUCCACAUUGAACUGUGCCCUGAUGAUCUCCACAUUGUACUGUGCCCUGAUGAUCUCCACAUUGUACUGUGCCCUGAUGAUCUCCACAACGUUCACAGUACAAUGUGGAGGUCAUCAGGGCAUAGCACACUGUGGAGGUCAUCAAGGCACGGAAAAUUUCUGGAGAUUAUAAGAACAAAGUACAAUGUGGAGAUCAUC